AUGGAGAACGAAUUUCUUGGUCAAAAACAACGCGUUGGUCGUUUGGUCAAUGCGGCAAUCAUGGCAAUCACCGAGGCAUCUGGGCUUACGCUCAACAUUGAUUCGGGAUUGUUGGAGAUGAGCGACGUUCGGGAGGACGUCAUUCGGGUGAAAGCGGAUGUGGACGGCUCGUUGGAGUGUCUGUCGACAGCAAGAAGUGAUCAGACGAAUUACAUCCAAAUGGAAAUUUAUAUAGCUACAAUCACGGGAAUAGUCAUGGAUAUGAAGUACAGAGGUGUAGACAUUGACAUGCCUGCCACAUACUUGAGAGUAGUUGAUAAGUUCCCGAAAGAAAUGAGGGAGAAGCUGAGAGCGAAAGUUCACAGUGAUAAAUACAAUGGAAAAUAUGAAAAGUUGGAAGAAAUGAUUUCAAAGAUCAUUACUACCAAAGUAUUGAUCCAAAAGGAGGAAGAAAAGAAAGAAAAGGUGAAAGACUUUGAUGUCAAUGCGACUGAAAGUCUGGGCGAGUCUCAUUAG